AUGCCCGGCGACGGCUCUGCGGGCGACUCCGCUCCGCCAUGGUGGGGGUCCGCCGUCGCAGGGCCUGCGUCAGGGCUCGCUUCCCGCCUCGCGACCUACCCGUCGGACACGAUCAAAGCACGGAUGCAGAUCCAGGGCACGGGGCUCACGACCGGCCGCUACUCGGGCCUCGUUUCCGCCGUCAGCACCAUCCUGCGCGCCGACGGCCCAGCAGGCCUCUACCGCGGGUUCCUCCCCGUCAUGGGCGGCGUCCUGCCGGCGAACGCCGCGUACUUCUCCGGGUACGAGCUCGGCAAGGUGGCCGUCGCAUGGGCCGACCCAAACAGCAUGUUACCUACGGCGCUCCGAGACGGUGUAGCAGGCGUUGUAGCGCAGGGGCUUUCUGGCGCGGUCUGGACGCCGGUUGACUUGAUCAAGGAGCGCAUCCAGGUCGCGGGGUUCCUCCGCGCGGACGGCGCUGCGGCGUCCGCGUCGCCGGCGGACGUUGUGCGCGCUGCGUUGCGCGAGAAGGGGUUUUUGGGGCUGUUCCGAGGAUACUGGAUCAAUAAUUCCGUGUGGUUUCCCUGGGGCUUGAUAUACGCGGGGUCGUACGAGCGCUGCAAGCGGUCGCUCGCCGACGCCCUGGACCGCACCGGCCCCGAGGACCUGCCGCCAUGGGCGUUCGCGUUCAGCGCUGCUGCGGCGUCCGCCGUGGGGGCGGUCGCGACGCACCCGCUCGACGUGAUCAAGACGCGUAUCCAGGUGCUCCCGGACGCGGGCGGGUCCCGGUGGCGGGCCUGGGGCGUCGCGCGACGCCUGGUUCAACAGGAGGGGGUGUUGGGGGUGUUUGACGGCGCCGUGGCGAGGCUGUGGGUCAUGGCGCCCGGAUCCGCCGUCGGGUGGAUGGUGUACGAGAUGGUCAUGCGGCGGCUGUGA